AUGCCACCCGAUCGCCUCAAACCCGAAUCACUCGCCCCGCGCGACGAUGCAAACGACAUCGAUGAGCUCCGAGCUCUGAACCGAACACCUCAUCCUUACCACCACCUGAGUGCCGAGCUCCCGCAUGCUGCGCAUCGCUUUGCGUUCCCCGCGACCUCUGGGGCGGGCCCAACAUCGGCGCCGUCCCCCGCCCGCUCCGACGACAGCAGCGAGCCGCCGUCGCCGUUCCCUUCAUUCACAAAGGAGUCGACGCCUCUCAGCGACAGCGGUACCGAAGCCGAUGACGAACACUUUCUGAAGGGCUUGCCCGCGCCUAGAAUACCAUCGCACAAGGGGCUUCGCGGGCGCAACGAGCUCAUAUCGGGGACAUCCUCGCCACUCCCCUCGCCAGCAUACUUUGGGGACCGUAGCAGCCAUGGGAAGCUUGGGGAGGGCCAAGAGAAACCGGAAAAGGAGCUCAAUUUCUGGGAAGACCGAAACUACCGGCGCACAAAGGAGCUUAUCCGACGAACCCUCGAGUUCAUCAUCUCUGGAGUUCUUUUCGGUAUUCUUUGGACCAAUGAUACCGUAAGGCUCAUUUUGAGAGAAUGGAAUCAAGUGGCGUUAUCAGCAUCGCUAAUGCUUCUCUACCCUGUGCGCCUUGUUUCAUGGGCGUACCGGAAUCGCAACCCUCCAACAUGGCCUCCGUUCUCCAUACCAACUGUUUUCGACCCAGCAUCCAUAUUGUACCCUCCCUGCAUCACCAUGCUGGUCUCACUUCUUGUGGCAAUGGAUAAUCGUGGGGUUGUGCUCCCCAAUAUCAUCCUGAGCAUCAGCGCCAUACCCAAAUUUUUGAUCCCGACUGCCCAGCCUCCCGAGGUCAUCAGCCCCUUUCAUUGGGCCCUGUCCUGUAUCCCGCUGGCCAUGGCACGCGCACAACCGAAAGAUCUUAUGGCAACCAUCCGACCAGACAGGCCGACCAUUGAUCCUGAGACGGCUGUCCUGCUGUACCCUUUACACCAAUCGCUCCUGGUGGUGUUGCAUCACAUGACGACGACCAGUCUGCUCACAGCCGAGCUGCAACUCCUCUCUAUCGGGCUCAUCAACGUCCUUCUUCUCGCCCAUUCACCUCAGGCCACCAUAUUGCAGUCACUGCUAUGGCGCGUUAAACGCGACUUUUUGCGGUCACCAACCGAAGAAUCCGCGUCCGAAGUGUUUGAUUCAGACGAGGACACAGCAAACGGUCCUCUGAUGAAGCCAUCACGCGUGCGUACCUUCACAGCUAGCGACCUCAACUCGCAUCAGGCUGGUAGUCUAGGUCGUUCAACAUCGGCAAGUGUGCCGUCCCCUUCGGCAAAUGGAUUCGCGUUCGGCAGAACCAGCACGAUGCCCGUCGUGAAUCGUCCUCAGCGCUCCAUGACGCAUACCCACUCGGGCAGGAGGAAACGAACAUCCUCAACUACCGUGCGGUCUUUCUUCCGACUCACAGAGACGCAGGCCACGGUGAAAAGGUGGAUCUACUCAGCGGAUCACAUUGGCCGCUACGCUCUCAGCGGUCAUGAGGCGAUAGGUUGGGCGUUGGGCUACCUAUUCGGCGACCUGCCAUGGUUCAGGUUUCAAGUCGUGAGCAACGACUUAGAGCGCUGGAUCUUUAUCCCUCCGCGUCUGGAUGACAUUCAUGAGUCCUGUCACCUCGGAUGGGUGCAGCACAUACGCCACGCUGAUUUUGGAGAGGCAAACACAAGGCUCCUCAUAGGUGUCUACUGGCUAAUCGUCAUCGCAUUCGGGUUGAUCGUCGUGGUCAACUUGGAUCCGAAGUUCGAGGUCGACACGAGGCGUAAAGUCUUUCACUUCAUGAUGGUCGCCAUGAUUCUGCCAACAACCUACGUUGACCCCGUGUUUGUUGGUCUUGCGUUGUCCUUCGCCCUCGCCAUCUUCCUCGUCGUCGACCUUCUCCGCGCCAGCCAGCUCCCGCCUCUCUCGCGCCCAAUCGCAUCCUUCCUCACUCCCUAUGUCGACGGACGCGAUAACAAGGGCCCUGUCGUGAUUUCACACAUCUUUCUCCUGAUCGGCUGCGCUAUCCCUCUCUGGCUCGCACUUGCGACUCUGCCCCGCAGCUCGUCCGCAAAGCUCGAAGACGAUCCCCUCGCCGGCUGGGAGGUCCCGACCCGCGAAGUCAGCAUGGUCGCGGGCGUGAUCUGCGUUGGCCUCGGCGAUGCCGCCGCCUCCCUUAUCGGCCGCCGUUACGGCCAUAAGAAGUGGAUCUGGGGUGGUGGCAAGAGCCUUGAGGGCAGCGUCGCCUUUGCCGCCGCUGUCUUUGUAGGACUCAUGUCGGCGACGACGUGGCUGCGUGUCGGCGGGUGGCAUGUGGCUGCCAAGCAGCAGACGACCUGGGCGGUUGCGGCACGGAACGCCGGCGUGUGCGGGAGCAUGGCGAGCUUGACCGAGGCGGUGCUCACGGGGGGCAACGACAACGUCAUUGUACCUAUUGUUCUGUGGACGUGCGUAAAAAGUUUGGGCGUGUAG